CCCACCGAGGCUGCUGAAGUGCGAAGGACUGCGAGGCUCCGCGGGAUGCGUUGACAGAGUCGUAUCCAACCUUUCGCUUCAUUCUCUGGCUCAUUCGAAGCUCUUUUUUAUCAUCGUCGUGUUUCCAUCGCACGCGCCGCAAUCGCCCCUUUCCUCUCGCUACCGGCGGCGUAAUUGGCUGAUUUUCCCCGCUUCGCUCCGAUCCGUUGGUUCUCAAAGAUGAAGGCUGUUACUCCAGUCCGCCCCCAGGACUCCUCCUCCGGCGGCAGCCAGCUCUCCGCGCACUGUCUGUCGAAGCAGAGCCUCAGCAUCGCCCGGUGCAGGAUGGAGGAGGAGGACGCGUUCUGCCUGCAGUACGACAUGAACGACUGCUACAGCCGCCUCAAGCGCCUGGUGCCCACCAUCCCGCAGGAUAAGAAAGUCAGCAAAGUGGAGAUCCUCCAGCACGUCAUAGACUACAUCCUGGACCUGCAGCUGGCCCUGGAGACGCACCCUUCCCUCUACAAGCAGCAGCCCCAGCGGAGCGGCUCGUGCCCCCCGGCCUCCAACCCCAGCAGGACGCCGCUCACGGUGCUCAACGUCGACCACCACCAGAGGACGUCUAUAGUAAAAAAGCCGGAGGACUCGAUUUUAUGCCGCUGAGACUCAAGCACUGCAUUGGUGUGCAGGCUGCUCCGAGCUGCUCCAAAGCCAGCAAACGCUUCGCCAGGGAGCCCAACCGGAGGCACAAUCACGAGGGGAAUUCAAACUCGCUGGGAGGAAAAGCAUUUGUUAAUAUAUAUAUAUAUAUAUUUUUUUUUUUUUGGUUUAGUUGAACGAGGAAGUAGGUGUGUAGACGCCCCACUCCUUCCUCAUGUUUAACUUUCUUGCACUUUUUUGCCACUCGAAAUGUUCCUAAAAGAGCGAAACCUGGACUCCCCAUCGCUGAGAAGCCUCACUGGGAACCUCUCCAGUCAACAGCUAUGAAAACCGUUUGCUUGUGAAUUGUGCUUAAAGAAUAACUAAACGGAACUCCAGUUUAAAGCUUUACUAAACUGCAGAAAUCAUUGUACCCUGUUAUGGACGUCUAUUGUUUAAAAUAGAUGAUUUGUGUUGAGCGGGGAACCUACAAAAUGUUUGAUAUUGUAAAGAGGAACCAUUCUGAUUCGAGACAAUUACGACUGUACAUAAAGACGCAAAUGUUCUAUGAAAGUAUGUGAACGAAAGACUUAUAUGCUUAAAACAGACUUAUUGUAAUUAUAAGAUAUUUUUAUUAAAACCUCUUUUUGUCGUUCUGUAAAUAUUGUGUUUUCACUCUCAAGUCUUGGUUAUGCUCUGCCCACGAUGUCCCACCUGAUCAACCCAGUUAGCUCUUCAGUUCGCAGUGUUCCUUGGAGUAGUUGAAUAUGUAGCAUGUGCGGCUCAUGGCAGAGGUUCUGCAUGUGCACUGAAGCAGCCGCCUCCCUGUGUAGAUACGCGGUGGACUUCAAGCCCACUCGGUUCUUGAUUUGUCCCGCUCAGCUUCUCCCUCCGCUGGUUUUCUACUCAUUAACUUUAGCGACUGUGACCCGCUGGGACUCAUGGGUCACGUCUGCUGUUUGAGCUUUUUUUUUUUUUUUCUAAACGCUGACUUGAUUUUGUUAAAUUGUUAAUAAAAUGUGAUCUUAUAGUUGCAGCACUAUCACAGUACACGUUGUAAUAACCCUGAAAAAAAAGAAAUCACUGCAUCCCAAUGUUAUAACCACAUGCAGUGAGAGUUUGUCCAUGCGAGGUUAAUGAUUGACACCAGGAAAUGAAACAAUGUGAGGUAUGAAUUGGUGAAACAUGUGAACAUUAACAGACUCAUUGCAUUUUCUCAGCUGAUCUGCCUGUCGAGAGUCAUUGUUAAUGUAAAGAACGGCCUUUAUUUUUCAUGACAUCCAACACCGACUUUACCUCACCACCCUCCUGCCAGUGGAAGAGGGCACUUGUACAUUACUGUCAGCUGCACUGUUGGACGUGACCUUCACUGACCUGUGAGGAGUUGUCAAAACAAUUAAACAAGUGUCAAAACAA